AUGACCUACGAAGAGUUGGAGAACUUCCCCCUGCCUACUAUCCACCACUGCCAGACAGUGUUGAAUCAGACCAGGUAUCCAUCCGUCCUUCUGCUGGUGUGUCAAGACACUGAACAGCACAGACCCGACAUACACUUCUUCCACUGCGACGAGGUGGAGAUGGUCCAUGCAGACAUCGACAGCGCUCUGGGGGACAGCAAACAUGGGAAGAAGAUACGACCGCAGACCUUGAAGGUGAACCAGGAGAAGAUGAAGCACCACAGAGAAUCCAUCAUCCCCCCCUCUUCGGCCCCCAAGGGCUCGGCCCCCUCAGGCAAGGGCCGUGUGGCUGCCAUGAACAUGCAGGAUGAAAUCUCGCGUCUUGUGACGGACGGCCGCCCAACAACCUGCCCGCUUGACCCUAUUCCCUCCUCUCUUCUCCAGACCAUUUCCGGAGACCUUCUCCCUUACCUCACCUCGCUCAUCAACUCAUCCCUGACCGCUGACUACGUCCCUUCUGUCUUCAAGCCAGGUGGCGAAUCGCAUCUCUGCAUGUCUGGCAGACAUAUCAGUGUGGAUGACGGAUCACCACCUCAAGCUGAACCUCGGCAAGACGGAGCUGCUCUUCCUCCCGGGGAAGGACUGUCGUUCUCAACUAACAUCAAGGCGGUGGCCCGUUCUUAUGUGGAGAGGCGAGGUUCGGCCCAGCAGGACCCAGAGUCCCAUGAGAAGCUGGCUCAGCGCAUUGAGAAGGACGUGCAAAUCCUGAACUGUUCCCUGGAUGACAUAGAGUUCUUUGUGGCUCGGCUGCAGAAGGCUGCGGAGGCGUUCUCUCAGCUCAACCAGCGCAACAAGAGUAAGAAGAUGAAGAAGAAAGGCCCAGCAGAGGGAAUGCUGACCCUGAGAGCUAGGCCCCCCUCUGAGGCAGAGUUCAUUGAUAGCCUACAGAAACUUAAGCUGGCUUUCAACCUACUGGCCAAACUGAAGAAACACAUCCAGAACCCCAGCGCUUCUGAACUGGUGCACUUCCUCUUCGGCCCCCUGGACCUGGUGCUCCAGUCCUGUGGUAGCGUAGAGCUGCUCCCGCUCUGUGGUCUCCCUCACUUAUCCAGAGAUGCAGUAGACUUCCUGAGGGGUCAUCUGUCACCUAAAGAAAUGACCAUCUUUGAACUGCUGGGAGAUGGGUGGACAAGACCUAGGUACUGGAGAGUGUGUGUGUGUGUGUGUGUGUGUGUGUGGUUGCACAUGUGCUGAUAGAGGUAGAUGCGUGAAGGGGUAAGGUAACUAGACUAUACGAUAAACAGGGUAGCAGCAGCCUGUAUGUGAGUGGAUGUGUGUAGAGUCAGUAUAAAUGUAUGUGCAUAUUAUGUGUGAGUGAACAGAUGGUGGAAUGAGUGUGUGUGAGUGUGUAGGGCCGUGUGAGUGUGUGUGGCCCUGUGAG